AUGUCGAUUCUGCAGGAGAAGCUAUGCAAAUCGAUUAUGUCGAAAAGUCCUGACCUUAUCAAAGCAAUCUUUGCUGACGAUAAAAUAAACAAGAAGGAGCGUGGAAGUCUGAACAAUAUUCUCAUACAGCUCAGAAAGUGUCUUUGCUAUCCGUUCAUGUGUAGCGAGGCGAUCGAAGAGAGGACGGCGGAUCAAAUCAAGAUGCAAGAGAACCUAGUAUCCGCGUCCGGAAAACUGAUGUUGCUUAACAUCAUGCUACCCAAGCUCAAGGAGCUUGGCCAUCGCGUCUUAAUCUUCAGUCAGUUCCUGAACCAAUUGGACAUCAUUGAAGAUUUCCUUAAUGGCCUUGGCUUCCAACACAGACGUCUUGAUGGCAAGAUCAAUAGCCAUGAAAAACAAAAGCAUAUUGAUACUUUCAAUGCCACAGACUCGCCUGUUUUUGCCUUUCUUCUAUCGACGAGAGCUGGAGGAGUAGGUAUCAAUCUCGCUAUAGCAGAUACCGUUAUAAUCCUAGACCCGAACUUCAACCCCCAUCAAGAUAUCCAAACCAUAUCCCGCGCACAUCGAAUCGGUCAAAAACACAAAAUUCUCUGCUUCCAGCUCAUGACGAAGAAUUCAGCUGAAGAAAAGAUUAUGCAGAUUGGCCGGAAGAAGAUGGCUCUUGAUCAUGUCCUGAUUAAGGCUAUGGACGAAGAGGGUGAGCCAGACGAUCUAGAGUCAAUCCUCAAGUUUGGAGCUUCUGCAUUGUUUAGCGAAGAUCAAGACAAGAAAGAUAUCAUACGCUAUGACGAAGCCAGCAUCAAAAAGCUCCUUGAUCGAUCUCAAAUAGAACAGGUAGAGAUGGGACAAGACGAGUCAGCUGAAUCGACGUUCUCGUUUGCCUGCGUGUGGGCUAACGAUAAGGGCGGGUUUGAAGAUAACCUAGCCGAGGAAAACGAGCCGAUUGUGAACCCGAACGUCUGGGAGGAAAUUCUUGCAGAACACGAAGCUGAAGCAAAGCGAAUUGCAGAGCUAAACAAAGAAGUCCUCGGUCGUGGCGGUCGUCGACGUCAGUGGUACCCAGGCUGUAAACUACAAAAAAACGCUCCUAUGGACCUCGCGGCUGGUCUCCCUGGUGAUCGUAGCGCUAGUUCCGAUAAUGACGAGGACUUUGUUAGUGAGGAUGAGGAGCAAGAUACUGACGCGGAGAACAGCGCUAUAAAGAAGACGCUCUUACGUAAGUCAUUUAAGAUUAGCACUGCGACAACCUACAGAGUUACCAAGGCAAGUCAAAACAAACCAGCCAAGUCAACUCCUCGAAAGCAAAACCCCAAAAGGACGCCCAAGUCUUCGCAAGCCAAGGGGUCCAGCUUAAGUGGCAACUUCAUACCACAGCAAACUCUAGACCUAACCAGAACGGAAGAGAAGCCGGACCAGAAAUCUCCUCUGUUCACCCCACCUCCCACUUCUCCUCGACAGAGCUCAAUAAGCGACUCUACUCCUCUGCCAACGCCGGACAAGAUUUCCAAGUAA